UCUCUCACAGUCACACUCCCUCCAGUGGUCAGCCGAGCCCCCACAUUCUCUUUGGCUCGCUCCCCGUAGAUGGCGGCCGAGGGCGAGGCGACGCCCAAGCCCUCUUCUUCCCCGCCGGCGCAGGAGGACGAGGCCGCCGCCGCCGCCGGUGGAAUCGAGCCGCUGGCCGCCACGUACCUCGGCCUCGCCUUCGCGCUCUUCCUCGCCUCCCUCCCCGGCGGCGGCGCGCGCCACGUCGCGUCGCUGCAGUCCCGGGGCCGCGUGCUGGCGUCGCGGCUCCUGGCGGCCGAGGACGCGCUGCGGCAGCUCCGCGCGCGCCGCCGCGAGGACGCCCGCGCCAACGCCCGCGCCGCCGAGAUCUUCGCGGGCCACCGGGCCUCCUGGACGGACGCCGAGCGCCGCCUCCUCGCCCGCGCCGCCGCGGCCGAGGACGAGGCCGCGGCGCUCCGGGCGCGCGCGGAGCGACUCGAGCGCGAGGCCGCCGAGCGCGACGAGCUCCUCUCCGCGCUCCUCGCCGCCAACGGCUCCGGCUCCGGCGCCGACCUCCUCCGCCCCGGCUUCCGUGACGAGGAGGAAGACGACGAAGCGCGGAUGGCGGAGCAGGAGCCGUUGGAUCCGGCCGAGGCUUACGGCGGCGACAGCGACGCGGAGGCUCUGGCCGCCGCGGCGGCGCUCUACGCUCAGCAGCGGCAGCAGCAGGAAGGAUUCGGCGACAACUUCUACACCACGGCGGCAGCGGCGUCGGGAAUGCCGCCUUGGAUGGAGCGACCAAAAGGGUGGCAGGACAUGAAGUAUGAAUCUGCUGAGUCGAUGUACAACACAAAACAUCCCGUACCACGGAGAGAAUCACCUUGGAAGGUGGAUGUGGAAUCAUCAGGAGUUCCUGCAAAGCUUCGGCUGCUUGAGCAGGAGUUAAUUAAUCUGGAGAAGGUUGGAAAUGGAGAUUUAUCCAAGAUUCCAUUGGUGAUGAGAAAGCAAGUAAAAAGAUACCAAACUCUUGCCGGGAAGAUUGAUGAUCUUUGCAAACGAAUGCAAGCAAGUGACCCCGGUGAUUCGACACUCAGCUCAGAGUUCAGAACGCAGAGGCAAACAGAGUACUUGCUGGAAGCAUUCCACCUGCAGCACCGAGCAACUGAGACAAGGCAGAAGCUCAGCACACUGCAAGCAGAGACCGCAAAAAGCAGCUUAGGUGAUGAGCUGACAGCAGAGGCCAAAACGAGCACAAGAAGAGCACUAAGUUCGUUCAGGAACAAUUUCAAAGAAAUCCAGCGAAGCCUGGAGAUUUGGCUUGCAAGGAUCCUGGGAGACCUUGAGGGCAUGUUGGCGAGGGAUGGGGCAUCACGCAUAAGAGAUUACAUUUUGUCUCCCUAUGCAUCUGCUGUUCGAUGAGCGCUGCUGUUAUGGAGUGACUCUGAAUUCAUCAUCACUCAUCAGUGUGCCCAAUACAUAACCUUCGUCAGGUAAAUUACGGUGUGCAAGUUCAGGAUGCGAAUCAUCAAGCUCCUUCUCCCUAGUUGGUAUUCUUGCAAAGCUUCAGCAAAUAUGAAGAGAAGUGAUCUAAGACCAGAUCAGAUCUUAGAUCAAAUUCUGAUCUAACCGUCUAGCCAGUCAUCUCCAUUUCCUGUCAGGCAUCAAGUUUUGACACAGAAUUCGAUCAUGUUCUAGAUCACUUCUCAUCACAUUUAUCAAGAUUUCUGUCAAGAAUUCCGUGAGACAAAGGGUGCAUCCAGUUUGCACAUAAGAGGUUUGAUCAUCUCGCAGUAGUUGUACAUGUCUCCUGUGCUUAUUAUGCUUCUGAUGGAUUAUGCUAUACUGUAUGUCUGUAUGUAGCACAUUUCUUUGGUGCACAGAACCAUAUGAUUCCUGCUACCUAUAAUAUUACUGAUCUGUGUACAUUGGUUAUUGUUGAGCCAACGUGCCAGAGA